CAUUGGAUUCGGACCGGGAGCGCGGAGGAGCGCGGAGCGCAGCGCGGGGCCGCGGCCCCUCCGCCUGCCCCCUCCCCGCCCCGGGCAGCCCGGCCCCAGGCAGCAGCAGCAGCAGCAGCAGCAGCAGCAGCAGCAGCAGCAGCAGCAGCAGCAGCAGCAGCAGCAGCAGCAGCAGGCGCGCCGCGGCGAGAGCCCCGAGCAGCAUGUGGAGAGCCGCCGCCGGGGCCCCGCCAGCAUGUACGUGAGCUACCUCCUGGAGAAGGACGGGCCCAUGUACCCCGGCCCGGUGCGGCACUCGGGGGGGCUUAACCUGGCGGCGCAGAACUUCGUCGGUGCCCCGCAGUACGCGGACUACGGCGGGUACCAUGUGAACCUCGACGGCGCCCAGUCCCCCGGGCCGGCCUGGCCCGCGCCCUACGCCGCCCCGCUCCGCGACGACUGGGGCACCUAUGGCCAAGGGGCGCCGCCGGCCGCCGGCGCCGUCCACGGCCUCAACGGGGGCUCCCCCGCCGCCCCCAUGGCCUACAGCCCCGCCGACUACCACCACCACCAUCACCACCCGCACGCCCACCACCACGCCGGCCCCGCGCCCCACUGCUCCGCCGGGGUCAUGCAGCCCCUCAACGCCGCCAGCGCCGCCGCCAGCGCCGCCCCCGAGCCGCUCUCCCCCGGUGGGCAGCGCCGCGGCCUCUGCGAGUGGAUGAGGAAGCCGGCGCAGCCCCCGCUCAGCAGCCAGGUUAAAACCAGGACGAAAGACAAGUACCGCGUCGUGUACACCGACCACCAGCGGCUGGAGCUGGAGAAGGAGUUUCACUACAGCCGCUACAUCACCAUCAGGAGAAAAGCGGAGCUGGCCUCCAACCUGGGGCUGUCGGAGAGGCAGGUGAAAAUCUGGUUCCAGAAUAGGCGGGCGAAGGAGAGGAAGAUCAACAAGAAGAAGCUGCAGCAGGCGCAGCCCGGCGGCGCGGAGCCCCUCAGCCCCAGCGCCUCCUUGCAGGGUCCCGCGGCGGGGGCGGCGGCCGCCGGGCUGGGCCCCGCCGCCCCGCAGUGACAGCGGCCGGGGACAACGGCGCAGGGACUGCUGGAGGACGCGGCGGAUCGGGCCGGGCCGGGGGGCACGGCGGGAGCGGCCCCCCCGAUGCACUACACCGCCCCGCGGGGCCGGCCGUGUGUACAGGUGUACAGUGUAUGUGUCUCGUCGUCCGGGGGAAGCGCGUCCAUCGCUUUAUUAAUAUUAUUAUUAUGUUUGGGUGCUUUUUUUUACCCUGGAAUUUGUUAGAUGAAGUGGGGGCGCUGCCUGCCAGUCAACCCCCGGUAUAUCUCAGGGAUCGGUCCAAAAGACCUUUGCAAUGUUGUUGGGCUAAUGAUGA